AUGCUCCAACAACUUUUACAAGGGCAAGCCAAAGGUUCUCUGGAAAUGAACAACAAGCUGGUUGAGAUACACUCUAAACUAGAGUCAUUGACUUCAAGAGUCCAAAUCAUUGAGUCUUCAAGUGCAUCAUCCUCUUCACCACAAGAGUAUGCCCAAGCAGUUACACUAAGAAGUGGGACAAUUCCCGAAGCUCGAUCGAGCCAGAAGAGAACAGACAAAGCAAACUCCAGCCAACCAGCUAAACCUGUUGCAAAGAAGAAAGACACUCCAGCAGGACCACCACCAUACAAACCCCCUCUGCCCUUUCCAGGAAGGUUCAAGAAACAACUGUUGGAAGCACACAAGGCCAAGUUUGAUGAACUAAUGAGACAGCUUGAGCUGAAGUUGCCCUUCAUCGACGCCUUGAUGCUCAUUCCACCUUAUCAGAAAUUUCUGAAGGAUGCUGUUCAGCAAAGAACCAGGGAAGCACAAGGGAUGGUAGUGUUGACUCGCGAGUGCAGUGCAAUCAUUCAGCGGAAGGUCAUCUCCGACAAAAAGGAAGAUCCGGGGAGUUUCACUUUGCCCUGCAUGUUGGGACCCCUAUCUUUCAAAAACAGCCUCUGCGAUCUAGGAUCAUCUGUCAGCCUCAUGCCUUUGUCUGUAGCAAAGAGACUGGGAUAUCACAAGUACCAAGCCUGCGGAAUCUCACUAGUCUUGGCAGAUAGAUCGAUAAGGUUACCAACUGGGAUGCUUGAAGACCUGCCUUUGAGGAUAGGGAAUGUGGAAAUCCCCACGACUUCAUUGUGCUUGAGAUGGAUGAGGAACCAACAGAUCCAUUGA